UCGCCAGCAAAGAAGGCCUCCCCCGAGCACUUGAGGACGCAUCCACCGUUCCGCCACAAACAAACUCUCGCUUCCUCCUCUCUUUGUCGUCUCUAGCCCGCCGCCCUCGUCGGCCCGUCGCCCCUAUACCUGGCUUUUCUUUUCUGGCGGCGACGACUGGGCGACGCGAGCGGCCCCAGGUCUUCGUCGGGCUCAGCGCCGGCGACGAGUAUCCACUAGGUUUGUACUUGACUGCAACUCGCAACAAUGGAUGAUGGGGACCUCGAUUUCUCAAACCCGGACACGUUCUUGUGCCCUUCCAUCGGCAACGAUCCGCCCAGCAGCUGCUCCAUGGGCAGCUACUUUGAUGACAUCUUGAAGGAUACAGAGCACCAUGCUUGCACUCACACCCACACCUGCAAUCCACCAGUCCAUGAUCAUUCGCACACCCACACCUGCGUCCAUGUCCACACCAAGAUCGUCGCAGCUUCGCCGGAGGCCGCUGAGACUGCAGAGUCGCCGUCUGAGAACAACGCCUCCAAGAAGCGCCCGUCUGGUAACCGAGCUGCCGUGAGGAAGUACCGGGAGAAAAAGAAGGCUCACACAGCAUCGUUGGAGGAAGAGGUGGUCCAUCUGAGAGCUUUGAACCAGCAGCUCAUGAAGAAGCUCCAGAAUCACGCGGCGCUAGAGGCGGAGGUAGCCAGGCUUCGCUGUCUGCUUGUUGAUAUCAGAGGGAGGAUUGAAGGGGAGAUUGGUGCUUUCCCUUACCAGAGGCCAGUCAAGAACAUCGAUUUGGUGUCUAGUGUUGACCAGGGAAGCUUUCUUGGUGGCGCCCAGGUGACCAACUCCUGUGAUUUCAGAUGCAAUGAUCAGAUGUAUUGCAAUCCUGGAAUGCAGGGGGCUACGAGUUCUCAGGUGUUGGGACAAGGUGCCUGUGAUACCACAAAUAUCCAAUGCAUGGGAAUUGCAAAGUCUGGAUCCACAAAGCUACCUGUCUGUGGGGGUAUGGACGCAGCUGUCUGCUUGCCAAAUGUUGAAAAGAAAUGAAGGACUCCUGGUGGUGUUUAUGGUCUCUCCUCUUCAGAGACUACUGGGUCUCGUGAUGUGCAUCCAAGAAAUGCUGUAUAAAUUGCUAGCUUCUAUAUUUAGGACCGCAUCUGGUUCAAACUGUCAUGUGUGUGAGUUUGUCGCCGACGAUGCUUCUAUGGUGCCUGAGAUGAUUCAAGCUCGUUAGCUGUAAAGCUCACAGAACAUCCUCGCUUGUUUGCUUAGUUUCCAGAUGCUCUCUGAUGAAGUUCAGAACUGAAGCGGGUCUAAAGGAGUUAAACUAGCUAAAUUCAGCAUCUGUGCUUUAGACAUUUUCUCAAAUCUCGGGUAGAAACCUCAAGUUUAAUAUUGAGCGUGCAGAUGCAUCGUGUGCAAAAUCUGUUCUGUCGGUGCCAUGUUUUUGGGGGUUCAAAAAUUAUUUGACUGUUUCCCUAUUUCAUUUGUUAGUAAAUAAUGUAUUGCAUGGAUUGGAACUUGGACAGGAAGUCUGUAACUCUAGCUCUGAUCAUAUUAUGAAUUUCUGAGGUAUUCUGUAGUAUGUUCUGAGGAUUUACUUGGAAAAAAAAAAGAGCUUGCAAGCA